AUGGAACAAGAAAAAUCACAGCCUUACAGACCUCUCGUGCUCACCAGUAUUGCCGACGUCAGAAAAUGGAGACUCUCGUGUACCCUCGCCAACAAGACCGUGGGGUUGGUCCCGACCAUGGGGGCGCUCCACCAAGGCCAUUUGUCAUUGAUCAAACAAUCGCUUAAGAAUAACGGGGCCACCAUCAUUUCCAUCUUCGUUAACCCAUCGCAGUUUGCUCCUAAUGAAGACUUGGAUGCUUAUCCAAGAACCGUGGAAGACGACAUCAGUUUGGUUUCCCAAUUAUCAGACACCCAUGCCGGGCUAGAAACCAAGGUCGACGUGGUGUUCCUUCCAAACGUCAAAGAAAUGUACCCUUCGGGAAUCCCUCUAGAUGUGUCACAACAGUCUGGGGCCUUUGUAUCUGUGCUCGGUCUUAGUGAAAUGCUCGAAGGGAAAACUAGACCAAAUUUCUUCCGUGGGGUCGCCACGGUGGUGUCGAAAUUCUUCAUCAUUGUCACCCCGACCAGAGCAUACUUUGGACAAAAAGAUUAUCAACAGUCGUUGGUGAUCCGCAGAAUGGUCAAGGACUUGUUGUUUGAUAUUGAGAUUGUGGUCUGUGAUAUUUACAGAGAUGACUCGGGACUAGCGUUGAGUUCAAGAAACAAGUAUUUGGAUGGUCCCACCGUGGAAAUGUCGACCAAUAUUUACCGAAUGUUGAAACAUGGUAAAGAUUUGUACGAACAACAGAACAUCACCAGUGUGGCAGAAUUACAGAAGCAAAUGAUGGCGGUGAUCCAGCCAUUUGUAGAUGAUGGGGCGAUGAAGGUUGAUUAUAUCUCCAUCAAUGAUAAAGACACUUUGGAAGAAUUAACAGAGAUAGAUACCAACAAGGGUGGGUGCAUCACAUGCGCAAUCUAUGUGACCAACUCUUCCGAUGACAAUGUUACUAGAUUGAUUGAUAAUAUUCUUUUAUAG